GGGGACAGCGGCUCCCGGUCCCGCGGCGGCGCCGGGAUGCGCCGGGAGCAGCGGGGGCGGGCCGGGCGGGGUCGGUGGGGUCAGGGUCCCCGGGAUGGAGCCCGUGCGGGCCCGGACCCCGGGAGGGGUCGGUGCGGGUGCUCCGGGAAGAUUCGGUUCGGUUCUCCGGGAAGGUUUCGGUUCAGGUUCUCCGGGAAGAUUCGGUUCUGGUUCUCCGGGAGCACCGGGAAGGUUUCGGUUCAGGUUCUCAGGAUGGGUCGGUUCCGGCUCUCCGGGAAGAUUCGGUUCGGGCUCCCCGGGAGCUCCGGGAAGGUUCGGUUCGGGAGCACCGGAAGGGUUCGGUUUCGGCUCUCCGGGAAGAUUCGGUUCGGGUUCUCGGGGAGCACCGGGAAGGUUCAGUUCGGGCCCUCCUGGAAGAUUCGGUUCGGGUUCGCCGGGAAGGUUUCGGUUCGGGUUCCCCGGAUGGGUCCCUUGGGGCUGUUCCGGGUCCGUCCGGGUCGGGGUCUCGGGGCCGGCUCUGGGCGCGCCCCGCACGCCCCGUCCCUCUGUCCGUCCCUCGGUUUCUCUCUCCGUCUGUCCGGCCCCGGCCCGUCCCGCUCGCGCUUUUAUCCCCGGCCCGUCCCCGGCCCGUCCCGCCCCCACAAAGACCCGGGGCUGCGGAGACUUCGUGCGGGACCUGCUCGGGGGGCCCGGGGGGGCUCCGGGGGCAGUUUCCUGUCCCGUGCCCGGGAUGGGACAAUUUCCCUGUCGCCCUUUCCCUCCUGCCCCUCUGCCACGCCCCCCUCGUCCCCUCCUUGUCACCCUCGGGGCCCCAUCCUGUGUCCCCAAACCGGGGGGAGGCUCACCCGCCUGUCACCCCCCGGGGGUGGCUCCGGGGCCACCAAUUGGGCGCCGCUGUCACGAGGGCUGCGACUUCCUCUAUUCUGUCGCUUUUUGACGUCGGGGGAUUUUUGUCACCCCUGGAACCGUGGGAACAUCCCUGAUGUGCCCGGGAUGUCCCCAGCACGGUGCCAGCCCAGGACACCAUCCCUGAUGUCCCCCGGAUGUCGCCAGUGCCCCGGUGGUGGCACCCAGCCCUGCCACCCUCCCUGCUGUCACCUCCAGGCCGGUGACACUUGUGACAGCCGCGGGUGCAGGUGACAGUCCCCUCCCCGCGGCCAUCCCCGUGGAUUGUCCUUGUCCCUGGAAUUUCGGAAAUGCCGGGAGCCUCCCUCGGCCUUGGCCGGCGUUUGGAGGCCACGGGUGGCACAGGGACACUGGGGACAGGGCCAGGUUGCCAGGGACACGGGGGACAGGGAUGGCAGGGACACCACCGGGGGGGGGCACGACAGGGACAGGGACACCAGGAGCGCGCGGGUCAGGGGUAGGACGGGUGGGGACAAAGGGGACACGAAGGCGCUGCCAGCUCCGAGUCAACAGGACGUGCCACCCCCACCUUCCCCCGCAGGACGUGGGCCGGUGCCAGCGUGCCCUGGUGCCAUUGUCACCUCCCCUGUCCCCUCCGGCCUCUUGCUGAUCCCCGCUGCGACCCCCGGGGUGUCCCUUGGGGUGUCCCCCUGUCC